GUCAUCCAGGCCUUCUCUAAUUAUGUCUCAACAUACCAGAAAGAAAGCCCUGACUGCAGUUCCUUGGACCAGUGGCUGGGCAACUGCUAUGACUUUCUGUCUGCAGUGGCACCGGAUGAUAUCUGGGUUUGCAGGGCUCAGGCAGCUUACCUCUUUAAGAAAAGCAAAUUUGAGGAGUGUGUGGCAGUUUGUAGCAAGGCCCUCAAGGACUUCUCAGCUGAUAAUCUCAGAGAUGAGAAAGCUUUGGGUCUGCUCUUGGAACGGGCUGCUGCAUAUUUCUUCUUGGGUGGACGGAUGCAGGAAAUGAUUCAGGAUUUAGCGGAAGCCUUUGCAGCAACCCCUGCCCAGGCAAUGAAACACUUUGAAGAGCUCUUCUCACCACAUGACACUGAGAGGAUAGAAGAACAGGCUAGAACUGUCCUGGAGAUGAAGUUUGCAGCAUUCAGGGAGGCUGUGCGUACUCGGACUGAACUCAGAGGCAAUCAUGGUACUGAACUGCUCCCUUCUGUCAUCCAGACAGUCCAGUUCCUCCUUCAGAUCUCCCCAGGGUCCAAACGUGAGCUCAGUGUUCGGCUAGCAGACUGCUAUCUCCUGCGUGGACACAUCAGAACUGCCCUGGACAUCUGUGACCACCUCUUGGCAGCAGAACAGAAAACUUACUACAAUACUCUCUUAGCAUUGCGAGGAUUCUGCUCCCUCCACGCUCAUGACCAUCAGCAAGCCCUGCAGGACUUUCAAAAGGUCAUUGAGCAUGAUUCCCCACAUCCUAACAGCUGUAUUAAAGCCUUAUGUGGGCGUGGACUUAUCCGGAUUUCUGGUGGCAGCCAUUACUUGACAGCCCUGGAUUAUAUCACAGCUUGCCAGUUAAAGCUGGAAGAAACCAUCUUCACAAUCAAGUCCUAUGUGCCAUGGAACCAAAGAGGACUGCUGCUAAAAGUUCUCCAAGAAGAAGGACAGAAGAUGCUGCAGAAGAAGAGGUACGCAGGAGGCAGUUCAGCCUGUGGGCAGAAAAAGAAACAGAGCUGUGCAGAUUCCUAACAGAAAGAGAGCAAUGCCCCUGGGGUUUACCAGCUGGCUUCCCUCUUGGUGGAGCUGGACGCUUCCGAUGAAGCAUCACGGAUCCUUUGUGCUGAUGCCCUGUACCAGAUGGGCCGUGUAGAAGAAGCUCACAGGCUCCUCUUGCUAGCACUCUCCAGAAAUCCACAAAGGUCUCCCAUCCUGGUUAGACUCGCGCUUCUGCAAUUGAAGAAAGGUUUCAUGUAUGAUGGCAACCAGCUGCUAAAGAAAGUGAUCAGAAUUGGAGAUACCUCCUGCCUCCUGCCAAUCAUGGACAUUUUCAAAGAUGAAGACCGGAAGCUGAUGCAAACUCACUGCCAUUUCAGAGCACUGACCAUCCUGAAGAACAAACAGGAGGAUGCUGACAUCAAAGAGGCCAUUGCCUACCUUUCCUUUGCCAUCAUUGCUUCAGGUGGUUAUGCUGAAGAUUGCCUUCUCAUCAGAGCUCGAUGUUAUGGCCGCCUUGGUCAGAAGAAAACUGCUAUUUUUGAUUUUAAUGCCAUCCUAAAGGAGGACCCUAGGAACGUGCAAGCUCUGAGUGGACGAGGAUUCAUUUACCUUGCUCUGAAGCAGCAUAAGGAGGCGGUGCAAGAUUUGAUCUUGGCGCUGAAGGUGGAGGCAGGAGUAGUGAUCCCAGCAAUCCUGUCUUUAAAGCUUGAAACCCAAGAGUUGAUCACUCAAUUGCUCCUUCAGCAUGGCAGGACUAUGUUAACUGAGCUCAUUGCUACUAAAGACCUUUCAAAAGAAGAAGCCCUCAGGGAUCUUCUCAUGAUUGCAAAAGCACUAAUUAAAAUUUGCAAGGAUGCACCACAAUAUCACAUCUUCUACACAGAUGUUUUGAUUGCAAAUGGUAAGUAUGAAGAGGCUCUUGCUCACCUUCAGGAGGCAUUUGGACACUCCCUUGCUGAUGACUUUGCUAGUGCAAGACUAGCUGUGCUGCAGCUGAAGAAGAAGAACAUGGCAGUGGCAGCUCACUCAUUCAGCAUCCUAGCUAAAAGAGAUGAAAGGGAGUUGGUGUUUCUCCUGAACUUCAUAGACGCUAAGCAACAGCAGCAUCUCUCUCAGGUAGCAGCCCAGGAAGGAAAUGUGCUGAUUAAAGAAUAUUGCUAUGAGAAGGCUCUUGGUUAUUAUACCCUGGCUGUCUUGACAAGCAAAGAUAAUCCAAGGUAUCUCCGACAGAGGGCUGCUUGCCUUAUGCACCUGGAAAAAUAUGACAAAGCUUUAAAAGAUAUGGAGAAAGUGAUCCAGAAGCAUGGCCGUAACAGUCUUAAAACACGUGUUGAGGACCACUGCUCAAAAGGAUACCUGCUGUUGUCAGUGGCUGAGGAAGAAGCAGCAGUUAAGCAGUAUAUUGAAGCACUGCAGUUAGAUGAAUCUAUGGCAUUGUGCAGCAUCAUGAAUGGCCCUGGCAGUGAAAUUUUAACCAAAACAUUUCAUAAGAUUGCACAAUAUAAUUUUGAAAUGCAGCAUUAUGAAGAGGCCUGGAAAAUCACAGACUAUGGUCUUAAAAUUGAUAAAAAUACUGAACUUAAAAAGCUGAAAACAAGACUUAAGCGAGAGGCAUCAAGCUGUAGCAUACAUUAAUUCAUCUGAUUUGGGAUUUUCCAGUGUCUGAUUGCUUUC